GAAACAUACGCAGACGAGGAUGAUGGAGUUUCGUUUCACUAAUCUUUGUUGUCGAGUGACGCCCGUGAGAUCGGACAAUAAUACUCACGAGGUGAGGCAAAAUUGGCCAAAGAAACAGAUUAGGAACUCCAGAUUCCCUCCUACCAAGAUAGUAGUUGAUCAGUGGGGAUGAUGAAAUUUAGAGAUAUAGUGCUUUCAGGAAUAGUUUUCCUGCUCUCGAUUGGAUCGCGGAACAUUUGGACGAGAGAAUCAUUGCUCUAACAUGUCGACGGCUCUUCUUGGCUUUACUUUUCACUCCGGAUGAGUAAAAAGGUUACCUUCUCUCUUCUUCUUCUCGGGCAUUAUUGUGUGGGAUUUUGGCCCCUUGCCAUUGCCAAGCGUCCCUAACAUUUACAGCAUCACCAACACUGGUUGGUCAUCCACACAGAGAGAGAGAGAGAGAGAGCUGACACGCUAUACACUGGUUGGUCAUCCACAGAGUUAGCUCUCUCUGUUUCUUCCAAAUGUUUGCAGGUCUAUAGCCAACGAGAGCAUCGGGAAACGUAAACAAGCUAUAGUCUUCUUAGAGAAAGAGGGGGAACACUCCCCAACGAUACUAGUAUUAGCUGAAACAGGACAAGUCCCAAUGGAGAUGAGUGAAGUGUCUCUCUAGCCGAACUACAGUUAUGGAUAAAGUGGGAAAUGUGGUUGUAGAUAUUGAGAGCCUAACUCAACCAUCAGACAAUUGCUCUGGAAGUCCAAAAGUGACAAAAGCUCUAUCUCGUAAAGGUUCAUGCAGAAUGGACAGGCGAAAUGGUGAGGAGCAAGAGGCAGAUGAGGCCACCAAAAAGCUUGUGGUUAAAGUAUUCUAUUCCCAAUCCGAACAGUUGAAGCAACAACCGAUUACCAACAAGUCUCAUGUAGGACUUCCAGCUGUGGCAAAUGUCUCUAAUCUCUCAGAUGCUGGAGAUGGAAGGACUAGGAAGUUAAAUCGCUUCACAGCCAUCAACCCAAAAAAGAUACUUCUCCUCUUUGCAUCAAUGUCUAGCAUGGGUACAAUCAUUCUCAUAUAUUUCACACUUGCUAUCUACCUGAGAGGAGCUUAAUUACUUCCUAAAAUUUGGUUGGCCGAUAAGGUCAGCUUUGAUUAUUUUCUUUUUCUUUCUUUUUUUUUGGUGGAAAGAACCCUCGUAGAUACUACGAGUGGAGGAUCCAGAAAACGAGAAGCUCAACAAUACCGCAUAUAAAACCCGAUUUCUGGGUAUGUGAUCGAUGAGCAGGUGGUUGUGGAGGCAUUAUAAUCUGCAAAGCUCUGCCUGGCUGUUUUUAGUUUAGCUUUCUUUUCUAAAUAUCAGCUUUGAGAUCUUGCAAUUUGAAGCAAAUAAUUGUUGUGCAGAACUUCAUGCCUUUGACUUCUUUUUCUUCCUUUUUUGUGAGUCUACGAGGAAUUUAACCCUUUUUUUCUUCA